AUGUCAACAGACAACAACAACAACAACAAUGAUAACCUGGCCAUUUUCACUGACCCGUAUGCAGGUCUCUCGCCUGAAGAGCUCUGCCUCAAGGACCGGCAUUGGUACGCAUUUCUCUGUAGUAGCCUCAUCACAUUCUUCACGGGAUUGCUCAUGGUACUCAGCUGGCGGAUUCUAUCCUGGUUGCUCUGCCAAAAAGCCCCGAUUUUGGACCCGGACGCUAAACCCGACGAGACCGACCGUAGCGGCGGUGGGGGUGGAGCCGCUGUCCAGGAGGGUGCUUCGGGAGCAGCCUCAGGGAGUGGAAUGAUGUUGGGGGGUGAGGUAGGAUGGGCCAGCGAGGCUAAGGAUUGGGCUGGCGAGUUGAUAUCCGGUCAAACGACGACUGAUGGAAAAAUUGAAAUAUACACCCAAGGCCUUCGAUUCACAAGAGCCCUUCGUUUAAUGACAAUACCCGAUGUACUACAGUACCUAAAUAUUCUGAAAACCUCCAACAGUAUUCGCUUGUGUCAGCUGGUCUCCACACUCAUCAGCGUUUGGUUCACUGGGGCAGGGUUCGUCCAUUUGGUUGAGACGUCAGGCGACCCACUAGAUGACUUCUCGAACGCCCAGAACCUUACCUACUGGGAGUGCGUUUACUUCACCCUGGUCACUAUGUCUACGGUUGGAUACGGAGAUAUUGCAUGCAAGACCACUCUAGGCCGGCUAUUCAUGGUCUUUUUUAUCCUCGGUGCAUUGGCCAUGUUUGCAAGUUUCAUUCCAGAGAUAACAGAUAUACUUGGUAACAGAAGUAAAUACGGGGGAUCGUUCAAGAAGGAGAGAGGGAAAAGGCACAUAGUUUUGUGCGGACAUAUAACAUACGAAUCCGUGUCGAACUUCAUGUCGGACUUCCUGCACAAGGAUAGGGAGGAUGUGGACGUAGAGUUGGUCAUCAUGAACAGAAAAGAGCCAGACUUAGAGCUAGAGAGCUUAUUCAAGCGUCACUUCACCCAAGUAAAAUUCUUCCAGGGCACCGUUAUGGAUGCCAACGACCUUCACCGAGUCAACAUAAAAGAAGCGGACGCCUGUUUGAUCCUGGCGAACAAAUACUGUGAGGACCCGGACGCCGAAGAUGCCGCCAACAUCCUGCGGGUCAUAUCCAUCAAGAAUUAUUUUGACGAUAUCAAAGUCAUCAUUCAACUCCUCCAGUAUCACAACAAAAGUUACCUGCUAAACAUUCCAAGCUGGGACUGGAAGCGAGGAGAUGACGCUGUCUGCCUAGCUGAGCUGAAGCUAGGUUUCAUAGCUCAAAGCUGCUUAGCUUGCGGCUUCUCUACGCUACUAGCUAAUCUUUUUACAAUGAGAUCUUACAAGUUGUCUCCGAACAUGCCACAAUGGCAGGAUGAUUACAUGCGAGGGACUGGCAUGGAAAUGUACACGGAUUAUCUGUCGCCUGCUUUCAUGGGAAUGACUUUUCCAGAAGCUUCCGAAGUAUGCUUCCUGAAACUGAAACUACUAUUAAUAGCCGUGGAAUCUAAAAGCGAAGACGGAAAAGAAAGUAACAUCAAGAUUAAUCCGGGUCCCGACGUCCGGAUUGACGCCUCCACGCAAGGAUUUUUCUUUGCCGAAUCAGCAGACGACGUUAAAAGAGCGCUCUACUACUGCAAGUUCUGCCAUACUGAUCCAGUGGAUAUAAAGCUGGUAAAAAAGUGCAAAUGCAAACUGGCGAUGAUGUCCUUGAAAAAAGUUCCAUUCUUAAGAGGUCCAGACAAACCAAAUGACCAUGCGCACUUCCCGUUUCAAAGGCUGGAUGAUGAUAAAAAAGACAAAAAAUCACCGCACCAUAUCUCCAACAAAAAAUUAGCAAGAUCUUCGUCGAUCAACAUUUUCAACAACAACAACAGCAACAACGUAUUUGACACCAACAACAACAUCUUCAGCAACAACUUCGACGCCAACAACAACAUCGGUGACCCGCGAAAGUUCGACAGCACUGGCAUGUUUCAUUGGUGCCCCGCUCAAAAUAUGGGCUCUUGUGUUAUAUCACGUGACCAAGCCGCCAUGACAGUUAUGAGCAAUCACGUGGUCGUCUGCCUAUUCGCUGACGCCCAUUCAGCAAUUAUUGGCCUCAGAAAUUUGAUCAUGCCCUUAAGAGCGAGCAAUUUUGAAGAGGAUGAACUAAAACACGUGGUACUGGUUGGAGAUAAGGAGUACAUGAAAAAGGAGUGGAAGAAUAUCUGUAACUUUCCAAAGAUAUCCAUACUUGGAGGCUCUCCGCUUAAUAGGGCCAACUUGAGAGCCGUGCACAUCAACAUGUGCGAUAUGUGCAUCAUCCUUAGUGCCAGGAAUUCAACAGGCGAGGACUCGAACCUGGUCGAUAAGGAGGCGAUCUUGUGCUCCCUCAACAUCAAGGCCAUGACCUUCGACGACACUGUCGGUUUGCUGUCCUGCCAGCAGCAGCGCAUGCAGCAGCAACAGCAGCUGCCGCAGCAGAUUCAAAUUUCCGGUGUUCAGACUACUUCCGUCGUCGUCAUCAUCAUCAUCGUUGUCCUUGUUGUCGGCACAGGCUUCUUGCCCUUUGACGUAGGCACGUUACCCUCCGAUGUCAAGGCCAUCAAGCGAGGGGUAUCAUCUGGCAAUGAUAUUCCAAUGAUAACGGAACUAGGCGAAGUUUUGACCUAUGACCUACAUAAUUUCGACCCUCGUCUGUUAUGCAACGCAGGGAACGAUGCCAAUGUGCAGUUUCUAGAUCAGGAUGACGACGACGACCCUGACACAGAGCUGUACAUGACCCAGCCAUUUGCCUGUGGAACUGCAUUCGCCGUCAGUGUACUUGACUCUCUCAUGAGUACUACGUACUUCAACGACAACGCCCUGACCUUGAUCCGGACCCUAAUCACAGGGGGGGCCACUCCGGAGUUGGAGCAGAUCCUGGCGGAAGGGGUGGGCAUGCGUGGUGGCUACUGCACCCCGGAAACCCUGGACCAUAGAAACAGAUGUCGGGUGGAUCAGCUGCCACUUUAUGAGGGAAUUUUGGCUCAAUUUGGGGUCUUUGAAAAUUUUUUACGAUUCAGAGACUCCACGAUGACUCUAGCGGAAAAUCCCUCCGCCAAGCGCUUCGUCAUAACGAAUCCAACCGAUGACAUGCAGCUAACGACGUCCGAUAAGGUGUUCUGCUUACGACCGUUCAAAAUCAUUGAACGAAAGCAACCUGUGAAAAAGAAAAAAAGAAAACAAGAAAACACUAAAAAUAAGCAUCACGUGACACCGGAACAACAACAACGAUAA